AUGUCAAACCGUGUGUUUGACUGCAAGAUACAUCAAACAUUUGACAGUCGCUCGUUAAUUAUUAUGAUGUCGGUUGUGGAGCCUGCGUUGCCCUGGCCCUGGUGGAUAAGUUUGAACAGUGCCGCGGUGAUUGAAAUGAUAAUGGUCGUGAUCGUCGGACUUUGUAUGUAUUUUUUCAGCAACCGUGGCGUUCUCGACGCAAACCUCAAUUUUUGGAAUUAUAACUUGAAGACCCUGGAAGCUCCAAAGCCUCCAGCUCAAGGACAUAGGGCACUGAACGGGGAACCCUUGUCGAAGCUGCUCUCCAUGGUGAUGCUGCCCUUGUACUAUCCUCAGAAGCGUGAUAACCUGCACCCUUUCGUUAAUCACCCUCCCGCAUCGAAUCGCAUUGAUGUGUUCAUUUCGGCCCCAUCCUGGGCCGCAGCUCUUGGGAACCGCUCCGACUCGGAUAUGCGGCAGCCUGAGUCUGUCUUAGAAGCAAUACACAACCCACUACUGCACGCGUGUUCUUCUGUGUCAAGUUCUCUACCGCAGGCGGGGUUGACAGACAUGGUCCCUUCCAAUCAAGUUUUUUCCGCAUUUUCGUUCAUCGGAUUUGUUCUCGUUAGCAUACCACUGGCAUGGCAUCUUGAGUCUUGGAACACAGGGACGUGCUUGUACAUGAUAUGGACAAGUUUGUCUUGCUUGAGCCAGUUCAUAAACUCAGUUGUGUGGAACAACAAUGCUAUUAAUUGGGCACCGGUAUGGUGUGAUAUAUCCUCUCGUUUAAUUAUUGGCGCUAGUGUCGCCAUUCCAGCCUCGUCGCUAUGUAUAAGUCGGCGUUUAUACCAUAUCGCAGUGAUGAACAUUGUCAAACAUAAGAAGCGUGAAUUAAUGCUCGAACUUUCCAUAGGAGUUGGAUUACCAGUGUUGGUCAUGGUGCUGGAAUAUAUUGUUCAAGGUCACCGUUUCAAUAUCUAUGAAGAGAUAGGUUGCUAUCCUGCAGUCUACGACACACCUGCUGCCUAUCCAAUAAUCCUCAUUUGGCCCGUGGCGAUUGGGCUAGUAUCAUCCGUAUAUGCAGGCCUGACCAUACGUACCAUAAUAAAACGGAAAGCACGGAUGGAUCAACUAUUUCAAGCCCACAGGAAUAUCAAUCCCAGUAUAUACCGGCGUCUAAUGGCACUGUCUACACUGGAGAUAUUGUGUACGGUCCCGCUUGGCCUAUACUCUCUGAUCAUUGAUGCUUCUGGGGACAACGUUGCUCCCUACAUAUCUUGGGAGAAUGUGCAUUAUGAUUUUUCCUAUGUGGGGCAGAUCCCUGUCGUUCUUUGGCAAAUGGAUCCCCAGUUUGUCGUCAGGGUGGAGUUGACACGUUGGCUAUUGGUCUUAUGUGCUUUUGCCUUCUUUGCCUUCUUUGGACUUGCGAAGGAGGCAAGGAAGAACUACAGUCUUGCUUUCUAUGCUGUAGUACGAGUUUUCGGCUAUGUGCCAAGCACACCUAGCUCGAUGGUCUCGACAAGAAUUGAUGUCUACCGCCAUAAACGCUGUACCUACAGCUCACGUGAAAGACAGUCGAUACUUCCAGUUUACACUGCUCAUCCAACGCAUUCUACAUAUGGGACACUGCCUCCUUUUUUAGAUAAUCUAUCCUUUGAAGAAUUACACACUCUUUCACCCCAUUCAAUCGACUCUUCCCCCAUUCAAACCGUUCAGUCACCUCGUCUGAAGCGGUUAUCACUUCCUCCCUUCUCCCCCUUCUCCCCUGGCUCUUACACGCAAUUUAGCUCAAGUGAUACGCUCCCCAACCUUUCUACCAUGACGGCCUCGUCUUGCAGAUCUCGAGGUAUCAUCCCAUCUUAUCACACCAUCGACCCGAUGAUGUUUUCGCAGUUCUCCUCUCCAAUCUCACCACCUCCACCAGCUUGGGACGCAUCUUUAGUUUUGCGUCGUCAAUCGGAAUACUCUCCAAUCGACCUAUCGACGAAAUGA